AUGAGUUUGCCGCCAAAUCGCCAUGCCGGAUCAACUUUUGUCAUUUCGGUGCUGAUCGUUGCUGUCCUCUCCGUAGAGUCCUCUCUGGCCUUUCUCCAAUCGAAGGCGUAUGUCUUUCCAUCAUUGUCUCUGAAGGAUAUCGAAAAGGAUCCUAUGACAGGAUUCUAUGGCACCAAUCAUCACCAUGCUUCUAGCCCAACAAGUCUCUCAGCAACCAAGUCCCCUACCGAAUUCAGUGUCCUUGAUAUUGCCACCGAUGCCCUCUCGAACCCAAGCUACCCACUCCAUACCAAAAACCCCCUUCCAUUUGAAAACCCGGAGAUAUACCGGGAGAAGAAUCCUUUCUAUCGGUCCACCAAGGCUGGUGCCUCCAAGUCCGAGACCACGACUACCACUGGCAGCAAGUCCACCUUCAAGUCGCAACUGAAUGGAUACCAACCCUUUUGGAUGAAGACAGAAGCCAAGCCAGAAGUACCCACUACUGCUACUGCUGCUGCCGACACUUCUACUCGCCAAACCCAAACCAUUGAUCCCAGCUCCCAUAAUGUGAUGAUGUCCUCUGAAACGUCAUUUCCAUUCAGCACCAUGCCUACUCCAAAAGUUUCCAAGAAGACUUUCGCCAUCCCCAAGCCUGACGCUGUCCUUAUGUCAUUCAAUGGCAGUACCAACCGUCCAAGUGAGGAAACAAGUUCAAUCGAUUCUGGACUAAGCAAGAACAAUCCACCCAAGCAUUCUGAGAUGCCUCGCGCAUCAUUGUCCCCACCUUCUGAAAUGUCCAAGAACUUUUCCAAGUCCCCUUCUAAUUCAGCUUCGUUACCAUUCAAAGGCACGAAUAAUGUCCAUGUCGCUUCCGCAGCAGGCGACAAGGGUAUCAAUGAGAUCCAAUGCAAGUACAACGAUCCCAAGACAGACACCAACAACAAUAAGGAUCCACCUCGAACGAAUGGAACUCGGGAAAUUAAGAAACAGUGGCACUCUGAAAUUCCAUCCGCCGUUGCCUCGACAGGCGCAAAGGUGGUCGAGACACUGGCCAAGGCGUAUGCUCAUCCAAGUGCAACAGAAUUGUUGCCAUCUGAAACGGCUUCUGCCGUUGCUCCAGCAUCACCGUCGAGCGGUGAUUCCAAUAAUGCUUAUUCUAUUGAUUGGGAAAGUCGUCUCAAGGCACUCGAACAAGCAGUGACUUCUUUGGCCCAAGGCAAUUCUUCAGCUGAAACAAAUGUUUCGGUGGAUAUCAAGGAUACCUCUAUCGCACCACAAGUUCCUGUUGCGUCAAGAACCUCCUCGCCUCUUAUUGUUGUCCGAAAGGGGGAAAAGAAGAACAACGAUUGGAACAUUAUUAAAAAACUGCGCAACCAAGUCGAAGUCUUGCAAGAUACCCUUCAUGAUAUGCAACACUACGAAACUAAAACUAUUCACUGGAGCAUCCCAAGAAUUGACAAGCAUCUUCGACUGUCGUCGUCCACGACGUUUCGAUCGGAAACUUUUAAUGUUGGAUCCAUUCCGUUUCAUUUGGAAAUAAAAGUCCAAGAGGCGAGUGGAGAAGACGACGAUCAAUCCGUCAGUUUCUUCCUUUACCACAAUCACCGUGAUCGCUACCAUUCGAAUCCGCAAUCACAAUAUUUUCUCCGGCCCUUUCAAAAUGAAAGGUCUCGCAAUAAGCCGAUUGGUUCUGCAGCUGCUCCAAUUCAUAUAGGUGGUUCCAAAUUGAAAAUUGGUGAGUUUGAAUAUGCUUUUGGUGACUCAGCUUUUAUUCAGCUUGGGAAGCAAGACGGCUGGGGUUGGCAACAUCUCAUGAGUCUCAAAGAUUUGAGAGAAUACAAAUGCAUCAAGCGGGGACAUUUGGAUAUGCAAUUCCAAGUUCGCAUGGAACGUGAGAAUCAUGACAGUAGCAGAGUAGGUGUGGCAAUGAUUUCGUAG